AUGGGGGAAGGAAAAGGGUCGACACUAGUUCAUUUAAUUGUCAUAGUCUUGAGCUUAACGGCAUUUGGCUUUGCGAUUGCUGCGGAGCGCCGCCGAAGCACUGGAGUGCUACAUAAGGAUGACUUCACCAAUCGAACAUACUGCGUUUAUGAGUCAGAUGUAGCCACUGGAUAUGGAGCGGGGGCUUUCUUGUUUCUUCUCUCAAGUGAGUCAUUGCUUAUGGGUGUGACAAAAUGCAUGUGUUUUGGAAGACCUUUAGCACCUGGGGGUAACCGUGCCUGGACCAUAAUAUAUUUUGUAUCAUCAUGGAUGACAUUCCUGGUGGCAGAAGCAUGUCUAAUAGCUGGUGCAAGGAAUAAUGCCUAUCACACCAAAUAUCGGCAUAUGGUCUAUGCAGAUAACUUUUCUUGUGAUGCAUUACGAAAAGGUGUAUUCAUUUCUGGAGCAGUCUUCGUGGUUGCAACUAUGAUCCUUAACAUCUAUUACUACAUGUACUUCACUAAAGCGACAACACAGCCAGCUCACAAAGCUAAUCGUGCUGCUUCAACAGUCGGAAUGGCUGGGCGUGCUUAG